GCUCCAGAUCUCGCGCUCAGGACACAUGGCUAAAGUUCGGAUGCAAAUAAAACAGCAAUAAAGGCGAAUAAGGUGGCCUCAGUGUGAAGUCAGGUGGACUGUUAUCAUGCGAAAGUUUCCUGUGGGGGUGGGAAGAGACUUUUAGUCUUUUGGAUGAACAGUUUUGCAGGUUUAUUUCUCCAGAAAAACGCGCGGAUGCGCCAGGAUUUUGGAUGGAGGAAUAAAAUUCAGGGCGCGUGAGUGCUGUUGAGAAUAAAGUCGCGUGCUGGUUUGUUGAAAAGGCUGUGAAUUGAGUAAAAGCCUGUUUUGGAGAUGAGGUGGAUUUGGACAGGAAUUGUGCUUGUGGCACUGUUGGUGCUGGGGAUAGUGUUUUCUGCCGGCAUCUGGAGGAGACAGCAGGAGAGUCGUGUGUCUGCGAGUGGAGGACCGAGAGAAUCGCCAGUUCGAGCCAAACGCUACGCCAUCAACCCGCUGGGCUACAAGUGGGAGCACUUCAACAUCACUUACAAGAUCACAACGUUCCCCAACACGCUGAAUAAAGAUGACACCCGUAAAGCCAUCAGUAUUGCCUUCACCAAAUGGAGCGAUGUCUCGCCUCUGACCUUUACAGAAAUCACCAACCCUAACAAGAGUGCUGAUAUCAUUAUUGGCUUCUACACGUUUAAUCACACAGACUGCUGGUGGUCUCCGCUGCACCCCUGCUUUGACGGGCUGAACGGAGAGCUGGCUCAUGCCUUCCUGCCCCCGAGAGGGGAGAUCCACUUUGACAACCACGAGUUCUGGAUCCUGGGCAAAUCUCGGUUCAGCUGGAAACAGGGUGUAUGGCUCAAUGACCUGGUUCAGGUAGCAGCCCAUGAGAUCGGUCAUGCUCUCGGUCUGUGGCAUUCACGUGACCCCGGCGCUCUGAUGCACCCCAACGCCACAUACACGGGGCAGCGAGACAUCGCUCAGGAUGAUAUCUGGGGAAUUCAGCGUCUUUAUGGCUGUUUGGAUAAGAAGCGUGUGUGUGACCCCUGGGCAAGGUUAGGCUUCUGUGAGAGUAGACGGAGUUUCAUGAAGAAACACUGCCCUCAGCGCUGUGACCUGUGUUACGAGCCCCCGGAAGCUGGGUCUACUCCCACUCCUCCUCCUGCCAACGUCAAGAUCAAGAUGGUGCCUCGGGGAAAAGUAGUGGGCUUCCGCUGUGGGACCAAAAACACGAAAGUGCCUCCAAAAGUCAGGUGGUAUAAGGACGGAGAACAGCUGCUGACCUCCAUCCCUGGCUACAUUGCCAUCAAAGAUCGCAAUCUGCGCAUCGUGGCUAACGAAUUCAACGAGGGAACGUACACCUGCCAGAUCCACCGGCGCGGCAGUGUCAUUUCAGCUAACUCGUGGGCCAUCAGGCUGAAACCGGAACGUCCCUCGAACAACAGUUGAUGGUGAUGGAGUGAUGGAGAAGCACUUACACUACCUCCUGCACUCUCGACCACUCAGAACGACUCAUUACCUCACAUUCAGAGUCUCUCAGUGGGGGAUAUCAUGGACCAGGUUCAUCCAGAAACGCUUCAGAAGACUCAAGCUGAAACACAAGGGCUGUACAGUAGAAGCAUAAGCAUUUAGAGCUUUUUUUAUAAGUAUGCUUAUUAUUGAUUUAUUACUUUGUUUCUUUGCUGAACAGAAAUUUUACAAAAAGUAUUUUUUAUCCUAUCAAGCUCAUUACAUCAUGGUUAGUGACCUAAGACAGGAUUAUGGUAGAGCAAUUAUAGAAAUUCUUUAUAUUUGUAAUGAGACGUCAUGCAGAACAGAUUACCUUUUUAUGUUUAUUACAGAAUAUGCAUUAGACAACAUACUGAUGAUGGCGGUUCUCAGUGAGAGAAAAACAAUAAGAAAAACUCAGUGAGGUAGGCACUUUAUCGCUUCAUAAACCAUGCUGUAAAACAGAAGAAAACGAAAGAUACAGAAAAGAAAAUACAGUGAUAGAAGGUAGUACUGAAUCAGGCUUUAUCCCUAUAAACAACAUUCACACAUAGUUAACACAUUUAAAAAAAAAUUUUAAUUAAAUAUAUAUUUAAACAGCUUCAGUCAUCUACUGCGGGGGAGCAAUGAAGCAGCUGAGGCAACUGCAUCUUUUUUUUUUUUUUUUUACUUGUAAUUAAAUGAAUGCAUCAUAAAAAUUUAUCUGAAUUUAUUAACAGUGUUGCUGCCUCACAGCUCCAAGGUCACCGGUUCAAUCCUGAGCUCAGGUUACUGCUUGUGUGUUGUUUCAGAUGGUUUCCUCUGGGUUCUCUGGUUUCCUCCCACUUCCCAAAAACAUGCCAGUAGGUGGUUUGACUAUGCUAAAUUUCCCCUAUGUGUGAAUGAGUGUAAAUAGGCUCGGGAUCCACCACAACGCUGAACAGGAUGAAGCUGAAUAAAUGAGUGAGUUACUGAAGAUGAAUGAAUGAUACACCAGGUUGCCAUAUAGGUCACUUUAUAUAUGUAUAAAUACUGUAGCCUUUAGCCUAUUUGUUGUUAUACACAGGUAGCAUUACCACCUCACAGCUCCAGGGUCCAGGGAUUGAUCAUGAGCUCAUGUGAAUGUGGGUUUCCUCCCCCUUCCCAAAAACAUGCAGAUGCAACAUGCAGGUGGAUUGGUAGCUCCAAACUGGAUAAAGUUGUUAUUAAAUAUGUAUGAAUAAAAAAAAACAGAUGGGUUACAGUCAGUGAUUAUACACUGUAUAUACAGGCAGGUCCAUAAAUAUUUGUUUGUUACAAAGUUGUUGUUAUUUUACUUGUUUACCACAGUAUAUAGUAGUUUAAAUUAAAUAAUGAAUAUGAGCUCAAAAACUUUCAGCUUUAAUUUAAGGGUAUUUACACCUAAAUCGGGUGAACAGUGUAGGAAUUACAGAACUUUUUAUAUGUGGUUCCCCCCAAACUCAAGUGUCUGCUGAGCUUUUCCAUGGCCAGGUGUGUGUUAUUCCUUCAUUAUUUCACUUAAAAGUAAGCAGAUAAAAGUUCUAGAGUUAAUUUCAAGUGUGGCAUUUGCUUUUGGAAUGCGUUACUGUUAAAUUCUCAAUAUGAAGUCCAAAGAGUUGUCACUGCCAGUGAAGCAAGCCAUCAUUAGGCUGAAAAAUCAAAACAAACCCAUCAGAGAGAUAGCAAAAACAUUAGGUGUGGCCAAGUCAACUAUUUGGUACAUUCUUAAAAAGAAAGAACACGUACUGAUGAGCUCAGGAACACCAAAAGGCCUGGGAGACUACAGAAAACAACUGUGGUAGGUGACAGAAGAAUUCUUUCCCUUGUGAUUUAAAACCCCUUCACAACAAUUGGCCAGAUCAAGAACACCAUCCAAGAUAUAGUUGUAUCUGUGUCAAAGUCAACAAUCAAGAGAAGACUUCACCAGAGUAAAUAUAUACAGAGUUUACCAUAAGAUGUAAACCAUUAGUAAGCCUCAAAAACAGGAAGACCAAAUUAGAGUUCACCAAAAACUUCUAAAAAGUACAGUUCUCGAACAACAUCCAAUGGAUAGAUGAGACCAACUUGUACCAGAAUGAUAGGAAAAGAAUGGAGAAGGAAAGGAACUGCUCAUGAUCUGAAGUAUACCACCUCAUCUUAUGGCAUGUAUGUGUUGUAUGCCUUGUAUUUAUUGAUGAAUUGUAUAGGGCUAUAUUAUCUGCUCAGAUUCAGCCAAAUGCUUCAAACUUCAUUGGAUGGCAUUUCACAUUACAGAUGGACAACAACCUGAAGCAUACUUUGAAAGCAGCCCAAGACUUUUUAAGCCAAAGAAGUGGAGUGAUCUGAAAUGGCCAAGUCAAUCACCUGACCUGAAUCCAGCUGAGCUUUCAUUUCACUUGCUAAAUGCAAAAUGCCCCAAGAACAAGCAGGAACUGAAGACAGCUGCAGUAAAGGCCUGACAGAGCAUCACCAGGGAAGAAACCCAGUGUCUGGUGAUGUCUGUGGGUUCCAGACCUCAGGCAGACAUUGACUGCAAAGGAUUUGCAACCAAGUAUUAAAAAUGGCAUUUUAAUUUAUGAUUGUUAUUUUGUCCAGUUAUAUUUGGUCCCUUAAAAAUGGGGGCACAUAAAAAGUGUUGUAAUUCCUACUCCUUUACCUGAUCCGGAUGUAAAAAAUUCCCUUAAGCUGAAAGUCUGCAUUUGAGCUCAUUUUCAUUAUUUAAUUUCAAAUCCAGUGUACUAUGGUAGACAGAUAAAAUAACAAUAAUUUUGUCAAAUAUUUAUGGUCCUGACUGCAUAUAUUUGUUAAGGACUAGAUUUUUAUUUUGUUUCAUAACCAUUCUAAAACAACUGACUUGACUUAGCAAUUAGUACCUUUGAUAAUCAGUUUAAUUUCUUAGAAAUGCUAUACACCAAGCAUCAAAUAGACAAUCUGGUGGAUUGUUUUCAUUUGCCGUCCAUAAAUAUCUAAACUCAGCACAACAGCAAUGUGAAUAAUCUGAGUUUGAGUAAAAACAUUUUCCUCUUAGUGCUCCGUUUACCGUCCUUGGUGCUGAACAAUUGAACUCUAACUAGCAGCACAUCAUUUAGUACCAAGCACACUAAGAACACAAUCCUGAAAUCUAAAAUUAGUGCGCUAUUAAGCUAUAAAUGGUCUGAGUGUGUGCAAAGACAGAUGGUACAGAGUGAAAGCCAGUGUCAGUGCGUUCAUCCCUCUGCAGACAUCACGUAAGAAUUUGCCACAGACAGACCUGUUAUAUUUUCAGGAAAAGGAUUCCACUGAUUAUAUUCAUGCUGGUAUAGUCAUCGAUCAGGGGGGUUUGUUACAUUCCUCCCGCAUUCCCACUGUCUGCUUAAAUACAUCACACUCACUCACUCACUCAGGCUAAUGUAAACAAUCAUGAGACAAAUCCUUUCCAAAAUUCCAUGAUCUGGGCCAUAUUGGAUGCCUUUGCCAUCACAGUCAGGCCAUAAAAUGAGCACCACAUUUAGUUUGGCCAAAAAACAAAACACAUUUAAUUUUUCCCUUACAACAAAUAUAACGUGUAGUGCAUGAAGUUAAUUUUGUACAGGAGCUAUGCGGCUAAUUUAGUUAAUGAGUAAAGAAAAGAGAAUAAGUCAGUGUGCUUAAACUUUGGGCCACACCUCCUACCUGAGUCUGAUUCUUGCAUGGAGUGACUCCAAACUAUGUGCUAUGGGGGAAAAAAGUGAUUGUGGUUUUCAGCUCUGAAAUGUCUUUUUUGUCCAUUUUUAUAGACGUUACAGUGUCAGAAACCACAUAUACUCAACAAUUCGACAAGGUUCGAGGUGCGUAACAUGAGCAUUGUGACUCCAGUCCAAAACUAAG